AUGAAGCCUCUGAAUGACCGGGUUCUCAUCAAGGUUGCCGAGGCUUCAGAUAAGACUGAAGCUAAUCUUAUCCUCACCGAGACAACCAAGGAGAAGCCAUCCAUUAGAAUGGUAAGUUCUGUUGGUCCGGGCUCCCUUGACGAGGAAGGCAAAAGGCAGCCAUUGUCGGUGUCACCAGGCAGCACUGUGCUGUACUCCAAGUACGCAGGCGGCGAGUUCAAGGGAGCUGAUGGCACAAACUAAAUUAUGUUGAGAGUGUCAAAUGUGAUGGCUGAGCUCUCUCAAGUGUGUGGUUUACUGCUUUGUUUCAGUUUUGAGUUCACGAUAGAGGCUAGCAUGAGUGGUAAGAUUGCUAUGUGAUAACCACUUGAUGCUAUUUUGGAUGAUUAUACAAUUGUAUGAGCAAAUAUUUACUGAAUUUGUUUACAAAGGGAGCUUGAUGUGGGUUUCCCCCAACUUCUGCAUUAUGUAUGUAUAGUGCUUGGCUUAUUGCCUAUUGUUGUGGCACUAUCUAUGUGAAAUGUUCCUAGACACCUAUCUUCCUGUGAGUGUGCUAAACAUUAAGCAAACCUGGAGGAUCUGACUUAUCAGAAUGAUUUCUCAUUCUUCAGUGUUUCUUCUUCGAAACAUCUAGCCACUAUGCAACUUUAUUUCCCUAUGCGAACCAAACCUAGUAUGCUGGUUGCCCAGGAAGACAUGAGAAUCUGCUGUAUAGGACAGAGGGGUCAUGAGCAGCUGAUGUUUAGUGGAGAGAUGAGGCAAUCUGUGACCUUUCGUCAGAGGAUGAGGACCUUUUAAAGCAGCGAAGUAAGAGGAUGAUGCGCCUCAGGGGAGUAAGAUGUGUAGGCCCCGUGACCUUGUCACCAAAGAGUCCAUGUUGUAAUUCCAGCUAUUCAUAGAUAAUUCCUGGUGCCUUCUAUGCCUAUGGUAUCAAAUUCAAAUCCCUAGUGAACAGAGAAGCGACAAAUAAUACACUAGAUGUGAUUCAAAUCCCUAUG